AUAUAUUUGCAUUUAAUUUUUUCGUUAUCAUCAAUGCAUGAUAUAGUGCUACUACCUCUCAAAUAUGUAGUACAUGUAUAUGUGUGAUGGUUGCCAAACCUCUUCUACCCUCCACCAUAUUAAUAUUUUCCACUUUAUAAAUUUCAACCCUAUAACAUUUUCAUAACUUUCUCUCUUUCAUUGGAAUUAAUGAUGGAAAACCAAGACCUCUCACCAAACCCACCACCACUUCUUCAAAACAACAACACUUCUAUUCCCUUCUUCUUCACAAACCCUUUGGAAUCUCAAGAUGAUCAAGGCCUUGCAAUUGGUGAUAUAGAUAUUUGGGGUAACUUUUUCUUAGGCCAAAAUAACAACUUGCUUGUUGGGGAUGGACCUAAGAAGACAUUAAUGGAUGUUCAAUGCACUUCUUCUAAUUUGGUGAUUAAUAAUAAUAAUGAAAUAAUUAGUGGGAGUUAUAAACAUGAAGAAGAGGAGGAGGAAAAGCUGAUGGGAAACAAAGAGGAGAAAAGGGUUAAAGGUGGGAGAGUGAUGAAGAAGACAACAAGAGUGCCAAGGUUUGCGUUUCAAACGAGAAGUGUUGAUGAUAUUUUGGAUGAUGGUUAUCGCUGGAGGAAAUAUGGACAAAAAGCUGUCAAGAACACCAAAUUUCCAAGCUACUACCGAUGCACACAUCACACAUGCAAUGUGAAGAAACAAGUGCAAAGGCUAUCGAAAGAUACUAGCAUUGUGGUGACUACUUACGAGGGAAUUCACAACCACCCAUGUGAGAAGCUCAUGGAAACCCUAACUCCUCUUCUCAAGCAAAUACAAUUUCUUGCUAGCUUGUAAUGUGAAAUAUUACUUUUAAUUCAUUGACAUAAUCAAGCAUUGACAUAUUUAUAUGCUCUUCGCCUUUUUAAUUAACUAUUGAUGUUGUAACUAUAUAUGUAAACUUUAUAUACUCUUAAUUACUACUUUAGUGGAUGAAAAUCAAAUUGAGAAUACAUGUGAAUUAGAGAGAGAAAUUUAUUUGAAGUUGUUGUAUUUUACAAAAUGAAUAGAUUCUAGCUUAUAUACUAUUGAAACUGAAAA